AAGUACUACAAUGUAAUUGACUUAAAAUUAGAAGUAAACCAGUUUGAAAAUUCGAUCUCCAGUUGGAUCGAUGGACCGAAUUCCGUGCAACGCCGUCGGGGCCGACAGACUUACAGCCGUUACCAAACACUGGAGUUGGAAAAAGAGUUUCAAUACAGCCACUAUUUAACACGCAGAAGACGCAUAGAAAUCGCACAUAGUCUUUGUCUAACUGAACGUCAAAUUAAAAUCUGGUUCCAGAAUCGGCGUAUGAAACUGAAAAAAGAACAACUGAAUGAUGAGUCUGGUCGUCAUGGAUCACGUGACGCUCCUCUGUCAAAUAAUCGGAUUUCUACUGACAUCAACCUAUUUGGUUUGAAUAGUGUGAUUAAAAUUGCUCUAAAUAUUUGUUCCUUUUUCAUGUGUUUUACAUAA